AUGAAGUUGAGUCGUGGAUCGAAGACGGUGAAGCAGAUGCAGAAGUUUUGGAACAGUGCCAAGACGACUAGCACCGCUUUCCAACAAUACGACGACCCAGGGGCUCCAUUAAGUGCUGUCAUCAAAAGCUUCUCCGACAUCAUUGAGAACGACAACCAGUAUCCGUCAACGGUAAUGCUGAAGAAACAGAUGGUGCUGCUCACGGACUACAUCCCAGUCAACGUUACUGAGGCCAUGAAUGCUCUCACCAGUGAAAAUGAGCAAAAACUCGGAGUGUUCCACGAGCUCAACCUCACAACUGUCAGGCAAGCUGUUAACUUUCCAGUGUACUCAUGCGGAGACGAAAUUAUUCCCCGUUUCCCCAAGUUGGUCUAUCAGGGAAAACCAAUCAAUCGUGAAAGAUUAUUUAUGAUGGAAUUCGAUAGCGGUACGGCACUACAGAUUGUGGAGAGCUCUGCCGCAGGCAAUCUGUGCACUCUUCCUUCCAACAAAAUGCUCAGCGAUUUUGUAACAGUGAAAUUUGCUCACAAUGGUUCCGUGCAUGAACUCGCAAUCCCAUUCCUUGGGAACCAGACCACGGCUUUUGCACAGCAUUGCAUCCAACAUCUUGAUGAGAAA